UAUCCCAAAAAUUCUAUGUAAUAUUUUAACUUCCGCUUAUGUAUUUAGUGCCAGUUUUUUCGAUUACUCAUAGUGAACCCUUCUUUUUUUUUUUUUUUUCUAAAGUAAAUUAAAUAGAAAUGUCUGUUCUUGAAACUGCCCGCGCUGCCCGUCAAGCCUCUGUUAGUCUCCAGUCCAUUACCAAUGAGCAAAAGAAUGAAGCUCUUUUAAGAAUCAAGCAGGUCUUGAGUGAGCGUAGAGAAGAAAUCUUCAAGGCCAACGAAGAAGAUAAAAAGGUUGCCGAAGGUUUGGUUAAGGCUGGUAAGCUUUCAAGUUCUCUUUACAAACGCUUGGACGUUUGCCAAGGUGAUAAGUUCGAUACUAUUUUGUCAGGUGUUAGUGACAUUACUCAAUUACCAGAUCCAACAAAGAAGGUGACCAUGGCGACUAAAUUAGACGAAGGUUUAGAAUUGUAUCGCUUAACAGUCCCCGUUGGUGUGCUUUUGACAAUUUUCGAAGCUCGUCCUGAAGUCGUUGUCAAUAUUUCUUGUUUAGCGCUUAAAUCAGGUAAUGCGGUUAUUUUAAAGGGUGGUAAAGAAGCUACCCACACCAAUACUGCUUUGGCUCGUGUUAUUCAAGAUGCCCUUGCCAGUUUGCCUGCAUCCAACGGUAUUCCCAAGGAAGCUGUCCAGAUCGUUGAAACCCGUGAAGAUAUUAGUGCAUUAUUGGAUUUGGAUAGAUAUAUUGAUUUGGUUGUACCAAGAGGCAGUAAUAGUUUGGUCAAAUAUAUUCAAAACAACACAAGAAUUCCUGUUCUCGGUCAUGCAGAUGGUAUCUGUUCUGUUUACGUUGAUAAGGAAGCUGAUAUCGAGAAGGCGGUCAAGAUUGUUGUCGAUUCUAAGACAAACUAUACUGCAGCAUGUAACUCUGCUGAAACUUUACUGGUCAAUGAAUCGUUAUUAGAAUCUGGGGAAUUUAUCACUGUUGCAUCUGGACUUUUAAACGCUGGUGUUACUCUCAAAUGUGAGGAGAAUGUUCGCGCCGUCUUAUUAAAGUCAGAUGCUAUUUCUCAGGAAUUUAAGGAUAACAAGAUCGAAGCCGCUGUUGAGGAAGAUUUCUUUACUGAAUUCUUGGAUUUGAUUAUGGCCGUCAAGUCUGUUGCUAAUGUAGAUGGAGCUAUUGAACACAUCAAUGAGCACGGGUCAAAGCACACUGACGCUAUUGUGACCGAAAAUAAGGACACUGCUGAAUACUUUAUGACUCGUGUGGACGCUGCUGGCUGCUAUUGGAACGCAAGUACUCGUUUUGCUGACGGAUUCCGUUAUGGCUUCGGUGCUGAAGUAGGUGUUAGUACUAAUAAGACACAUGCUCGUGGCCCCGUUGGCUUAGAGGGUUUGGUCAUCUAUAAGUAUAAAUUGUUAGGUAACGGUGAAGGUGCUAGUGACUUCGGAUCUGGAAAGAAACAAUACAAACACGAGACUAUCUCCCCCUCUGAGUACAAGAUCUAACUUCUUAAAUAAAUUAAAAACCUUAUCACUC